AUGGAGAAGCUCAAGGCGAAGCGGACUUCCCGACGAUCCUUGAACAGUCGGAUCAUCAACGAGGCAAGUGCCCUUUUUCGUAGCGACUCCGCAACGCAUGAGCAGCUCGACUCCAUCUACGAGAGGCUGAAGGCAAAUAAUAACGAACUAAACAAUAUAAAUGUGGAACUAAAGAGCCUAAUUACGGACGAAGAAUUCCAAGCCGAGUACGAAACAGUCUUGGAAUAUGAGGACAACGCGACGCGUACCCUUGCUGAGCUGACGAGCAGGCGGGACCGCAUUUCAAGUGUGACUGCGCACGCAGCCGAGGGUUCAACGUCGGCUACCCAUACCAUUGCGUCACCAUCGGAAAGGACGGGAGCCAAGCUACCAAAACUCACGAUCACUCCCUUCUCUGGAGAUGUGUGUAAAUGGGUGGAGUUAUGGGAGCAAUUUGAACAGAUUGUUCACAACAAUGCGAGUCUUACCGCCACUGAGAAGUUUCAUUAUUUGCGACUAUUUCUCAAAGGAGACGCUGCUUCAGCGGUCGCGGGUCUUCCAACUACGCAAGAAUGCUAUAAGGACGCCAUAGACAUGCUGCAGAAGCGCUUCGGGGACAAGACGCGCCAGGAGCAGGAAUACUUCGCAAGGUUACACCUGACUCCUGUUCGUUCAUCUGGUGACACAAGAGCCCUCCGACAACUCUACGACCACGUACUCGUCAACAUCCGAGGCCUAGAGUCAUUGGUUGUGGACAGGUCACCGUUUUCGUCCAUGCUCUGCGACAUCAUCCUUAGGGCGGUGCCCAGAGACGUCGUAGUUAACUACCAUCGUGCAUGCGCUGCGCAAGUCGAGAGUGCUACCGCGGACAAUGCUGCUGGUUCUUCGAAACUAGACGGUCUACUCAAACUCCUUUCGAUCGAACUGGAAAGCCUGGAGAAGAGUGACUAUAAGGACAGCAGCGUGCGAGACAGCGGCGGUCAACUUACAUCAAACCAGCCAUACCGCGGUCGCUACUAG